AAAAUGCAAUGCAUGUUAACCAUUUUGUAUUAGGCUACAUUGCAGUGCAAAUCUUUAUAAAUGUUAUUUUAAAGUAGGCACGUGUCUUAGAUGCUACUCUUGGGUCUUUUCAUAGACUUGCAAAAGGGCCAAUCCAAAGACUGACUGAGCAGCAGUAUGAUUUAUACACUGGCAUCAAUCAAAUUAUUGUAAUGUGUAUGUUGUCCACAGUCCCAUUUCACUCAAAGUAUAUUUUUCUAGUUCUUAAAAAUGGACUGUGACUCUGUGACCCUUCGCUGUUGUGAUUUGGGUUGAGCAGUCUGAGAGCCACUGCUUUAAACUAACAAGCUCUCAGGACAGCUAUGAGUAAGAUCAUAAGUCAACAAUGGGACAAGACUGAGUUGACUCAACCGAAGUUUCCUUGUGGCUGUUAUAUUUUCUUGUCUUAAAGAAGGUGAUUACAAUAGAGGAGUGGCUGGAUUUGGUGGCAUGUCUCAGAGUAAGAAUGUUGCUCAUCUGGUAGAAGACACAGAACUGAUAAGGCCAGCAGACAAGUGAAAGAUGCUAAAGGACGUGUUUGCGUGUUUUUGAAGGGCUAAUAUGUCAGUCAAUUUUUCAAGACCUCCGUGGAAGGAUCACUUCUGAGAUUAUCAGCACUUUACUUUUUUCUUGAACGGACUCUCUCAAAGAAACAUGGCUGUUUGGGUCAUCUUACCAAUUGUUCUGUGUGCCGUCUCAUUCAUCGGGUGUUGGACAGUAUACGGACUUGCAUUAAGUUAUAACCAUGUCUGCUCACUUACCAACUGGGAAUACAGAAACUCAUGUCACCCAAAUGAAACAGGGAUUUGCUGCACCAUGGAUAAUGUCCCCACCGUAAGCACAAGUGGAUCAAACUUUCCAGAAAACUCCCUUUUCACAGCAACAAUCAAUGCUGGUUCUUUUUUGUUUCUGAUUUUCUGUGUUUUUCAUCAUGCGCACAUCCUGGACAGGAACAGUGUUCAUUCUCUUCUCAGUAAGAUUGCAAUGAUUUUAGGCUGUGUGGUGUCUGUGAGCGCAUUCAUGGCAGGAAACUGCAAUCCAGCAGAGCUGAUGUUACUGCAUUACCUGGGUGCUGCUGUGAGCUUUGUGUUUGUGUGUCUGUACAUGACCAUCCUGACCUCCCUCACUAGUAAAUGUAUGCUGACGGGAUGUGAAAAUGUUCUCUAUCCACUACGCAUCAUCUCCUCAUUCAUCCAGAUUUCUGUCACCAUUCUCUAUGGCAUCUUCUUCAUCCAGGAGGAUUACUUCUACAAACACAUCUCUGCUGUGUUUGAAUGGUUUCUGUGUGUCAAUCUGGAGCUCUAUGAACUCAGCUACUUUGUGGAGUUCUACUUUUUCUCCUCAUCAAUGCUUUCAGUGCUUUUAGCAAAGAAAGAAGAAGAGAAAACACUCAUUAUGUCUUAAUGUAUAAAAUCCAUCCAGACUCUAUGGUAUUCAUAGUUUUCCUGUUAUGGAUUCAUAAUAUAAGACAUUUUAAAUGCAACUUCAUUCAAACAGAAGAUCUACUCAGGAGACAUUUGGAAAAUUGUAAAGGGAUUGCACAUACUUUUCAAGUUGCAAUAUAAUGCACACACUUCCUCUUGAGAAUGCAAGCACUGAAAUUUACUUUGGAGCAGGAUACACAACAGGCACUUUUUACUACUAGUUUCUUCCUAAGCAUCUUUACUUUACAAAAUUCUGUAUCAUAUAACUACAAGAAUACCUUGCAAAUGCAAUAUUUGACUUUCUGUGAGCAAGAGUAACUUGGUUGGUGCAUGUUGCUCAAAAGAUUGUUAAGUUUACCUCACACUCUUAAUCGAAUCAAGUGAUAAUGAUAAUGUGGAAAUCAAUAAAGUGUCACAAGGUGACAAGGUAAGGAUAACCCAUUUGUAGUCACAGGUUUCUCUCAAAUUCAAUUAUUUUUGCAUUAUACCUUAUUAAUAUGUCAGAACUUCAAUUCAGAGACUCUAUGGUCAAAUUAGGAGGACCAUAGCUAAGUGGUCCAGCCACAAAGAGCCGGUGUAUUUAGCCUCUGUAUCAUAGUUGCUAUUUAGUUUUAUAUAGAAGUACUCAGCAUUAUGAGUUUUCGAUGUUAAGAUGCACUUAUGACAAUUAAGUUUACAUGAAUUUGACUGUUGAAAUGUAGUUGUGUUUAAUGUUGUAAUGCUGCUUAAAAUAAUCUAGAGAUAAACCUCCUGUUGACAAAUACCUAUAAUAUUAAGAUUCCCUGAAAUCUGAAUGGUUUAACAGAAUAAUGGCCAGCUGGAUCUUACCAAACACACAUACACACACACACACACACACACAGGUAUUAAUGCCAGGAGUAAUGUACAAUAAUUAAAUGUAAGUACUAACGUUUGAAACACCUGUUCUGUGUAAUUCUGACACACCCAUUGUGUUUAACUAAGAAAACCACUCUUGUAAGUAAUUCACUUGGGCGGGUGAAGCUCCAACUCUUAUCGUUGUUUUUCUGUUAAUGCUGUUAAACUGGUCAGGUUUAAUGGGGUAAUCAUCUAAAACGUAGUUCCCUUAUUGCCGUUUUUAUUAUUAAAUAAUGCAGUCUGUAAACUACUGGCCAUGUAGACUCAACAUUUUCACAACCAAAUAUGACAUUAACUUACAAUCUGCUUUAUGGUAACUUCCAGAGCAGGGAGAGGAGAUGCAGCACAGCUCAACAUUCAAAGUCAAGGUGGAGGAGUGAAUUUGUUUAGAAAGGUUAUGUACACAUACUGCUGCAGCUGAGGACUUUGCUCCUGUAGUAAAGAAUGAAGUAGAGUUCUGAAAGCAAUGAGUCCUAAAACCUGUUCACAUUUUUGCACUGUUGAGCCAAAGUCUAUGUGUGUGGUAAACACAAGCUCAAGGUAUUUUGACUUUAUAUUUUACAACAUAAAACAUAUCAGGAAAACUCAUGUGAUUUAAUUUUUUGUAGGGGGUUGCUAAAACGGGGCUAAAUAAGACAAAAAAAGGGGUUGUUUCUUCACUCUGAACAAGAAAAAUUAUCCACUCAUUAGUUGGCUUUAACAUUCGUUGCAUUUACAUUUAUGAUUUAUGACAUUUACUUUUUUUAUUAGAGAGAGAGAGCUUAGUGAUGGCCAUGUUAAUGUUGUGCAACCUUUUUACUCAUGGUGACUGUAUCUAGGCUUUAGAAUCUAUAGAAGCUGUGUUCAUUUGUGAAGAUUACCUUGAUAAUCAAAAUGUAUUUUUAUUAAAUAAAUUAACUUAUUUAAGAUUU